UCUUCAGUUUACUUUGUUAUCCAGAAAUUUGUUAAAAUCUCACAUCCAUGGAUGGUCCCAGUCCCCUACUAUUUCUGCCUAAAAGGCCAUGGUUUUAUUCCUUACUGUGCUUAAUGACAUUCAUUGCAGUGGGAUAUUGAGGUCAAAAGGCAUGCACUCUGUCUGCUUUUACCAACAGGAAGUUUUCAGUUUUGAGAGACUGAGUUGAUCUUACAUUAGAAGCAGGCUGUUGCAACCCUUUGUUGUUCUGUGUUGGGGGCGAAGGAUAAAAAUGGUUGCUCUUGACUGAUGACACCUGUGAAUUCCGGGCUUCUGCUCUUGACAUUAAGAAGGGCAAGAGCUGACGAGCGACCCUAGGAAGGGCCUGUGUUUGACUGGAGUUGGCUGGUGGAGGAGAUGAGACUGGGCAGGGGACCAAGGAAGAGUCAGGAGAGAGGUGUGCUACCAGAUCCUGAAAGAACAAGUUUUUGAGAAAAAAGAAACACAGCUUUUCAAGUAGAUCAAGUAGAAUGAGUAGUAGACAAGGUUUUACCUUGCCACCAUUGUUUCCCACAAUGGUCCAAAAAUCCUUUCAUGGAAGAUGGUAUCUCAGAAGGUGAUGGGGCCUAAAUUUUUCUGAACUGCAAACUUGUAUACAUGUAUACAAAUAUAAAAGCUUUAUACGUGGCCCAUUUAAUGGAUUUUGUUAAACUCUUAUUUAUUAGCUUCUAUUAUCUUAUGAAAUAACCAGUACUGUGUGUGUUUAUAAUCUAUUUCUUUAAGCAUUAGCACAAAGUCUCUGGCUUCUGUACCAAAAAGUAGUUGCUGCCCUGUUAAGCUACACGUGACUGAAAACCAAAAAUGAUAGUGGCUUAAACAAGACAGAAGUAUAGAUACACUUCUUCCUCACACAAAAGAAGUCUGGAGGUGGGCAUUCCAGCAGCUUCACAGUGUCAAGGAUUCAGGUUUCUUCUCAUCUUGCUGUUUACCAUCAUGAGUCGGGUGACUUCCACCCCUGGUACAGGAUGGCUGCUGGAAUUCCAGCCAUCACAUUCAUAUUCCAAGAGGAAGAAGGGAAGGAGAGAGUCCUUUCCUGUAAGGACUCUUUCUAGGAAAUGCACUAUUUCUGCGUCUAUCCCAUUGGCCGGAACUCUCACAUGUCCUUGUCUGGCUGCAAGGGAAGCUGGGAAACGCCCCCUCUUGGUGGUUGUGUGCUUGACUAAACCUUGGGGUUCCUAUUACAAUGGAAGGAAAGGAGAAUGGAUGUUGGGACAAACGGAGAACUGUGAGCACUUCCAUGGGCCUGAAGAUGCCUAUGAAAAAUUGGCAGGCAUUCUACAUAGCAGUGAAGAAGCAAAGCUGUGGGAGGACGAAGGUAGAGAGUAGAAAAGUCCAGUUUUGGUGGCUCAGGGUCUCCUCUGGUGGUGGUAGACAGCUGAGUCACUGACAGCCAGACAAGGAGAAAAGAGGGGCUGUUUCACAGGUGUGGGAAUGGGAAAGAAGGGCCAGGGGAUCAAGCACAAGGAGCUGCCUGCUGCUUAGUGGGAGAACUGUCCAGGCACAGGCCUUGGGUAUUUAUUGGUGAGUGGUCCAUAAAUGUCUCGCAAACAAGAGUAAUAUCCAGAAAACUCCCUGCAUCCCAGUAGUUCCCAACUAUGUCCAGCAACAUUUUUUCUAAAGGUAGAGGAAAAAAAACAGGCUCUCAGUUUCAUAUCCCUCCUCUAAUUUAUAUCUUGUGAUCUCUCCAUAGGGCAGAGCAGUAAAUGUUACCUAAAAUGACAAUCUUCUUGUUCUUUUUUUAAGUUAUCUCUAUCCUCAACGUGAGGCUUGACCUCACGACCCCAGAUCAAGAGUUGCAUGCUCUACCGACUGAGCCAGCCAGGUGCCCCUAAAAUGAUGAUCUUAAUUCUUAUGAAAUUGUACCUGUUCAAGAUAGCCAGCGGUGGUGCUGCUUUAACAAGAUGGUUUCAGAUAAAAAUGAUUAUCGCACAUGUAGCCUCUUUCCACCAUUGCAGCGGAAAUGUAUGUUCCCUAGAUGUUGGAACAGUCAGUUGCUGGAAAUCCUGGCAGGGCUGUCUUGCUACCUGAAGGGCCUAACAAGCAUGCCAUGGUUAGGGUCUUAGUGCGACAUGGCAGUUUUCUUUGGAGAAAUGAAUCAGUUACUAAUAAGUUCAGUCUUCAAAAUAAUAAUAGUCUUCUAAAUAAGAGGUCAUUGGUGGAAAAAUAAUCAGUUGAGAAAGGGUCCCAUUAUGUCGCAUGUGUAAGCAGGCUCAGGGGGACUGACCAGCCAGCCUGCAUUCUGAUUGCCUCUAGCCAGUUUUUUUCCAGCGGCUUACCUCCGAAGGCAUAAAUCAUGAAUCUUUUCUGUUCCCUUCCACUGUAGGUGUAUAGUGUCCCAUCCUACUCUGAGUAUGAGGGUAGUUGUAGAAGCCCAAGGACCUUCUUCACUGGCUAGUUUAAAUAGAAUCUCCCACUACAAUCUGCUCUGUGCCGUGUUGAGACUGAUGUCUGUCAUCUCCUAUAGUGUUGGGCGAACAAGAGCCACAUGGGCUUUGUUUUCUUACAGGGAUGUCAGCCAGACUCUCAGUUUUCCAGAACAGUUGCCAUUUCUAUCUUCUGUCUGUUCCAUAGAGUUCUCUGUACAGAGAAUUUUCAGUUUUCACAUAGUGGUCUGCUGAAAACACGCCAUGGCAGAGUAGCUAUUUUGAGCACUUCUGACAAAGGGCCAUUUGUUCCAGAGAUAUCCGCCUUUCCUAGAGGCUUUUUAUCAGACAGGUGGCAUCUCAUCGUUCUGCUUGAGGGUCCUGCUUGAGUCCUAGGAGAAAUGGUUAGACAUCCUGUUUCCUGGAUCUCAGGAAGAAUUAUCUGGAGUGUUGGGUUUGGCAUUCUAACACGACUCUUACAUUUCUCAUUGGUCUUAAAGUAUCUAAAAUAGGAGCUCUCUGUCUUCUCUGCACUGGGCACAGCUCUCCUGCCACAGCUCCUCGUCCCCUGAAAAUGUACACCUGGGCAGAGUUUGUCUCCACCCUUUCUUUGUCAGGAGCACUUCUCAGCUGUUGAGCAGCGGUGUUAAAACCACUGAAAGUUGAGAGCCUUAGCAGCUUUGGCAGUCCCAUGCCUUACUUAUUCCCAGCCACAUCUUCCAAACCAGUGCCAUUUCAAGGGACGUCCACACAGCAGCCAAGUUCAUUGGGGUUGGGGCUGCCGCAGGAGGGGUGGCUGGCUCUGGGGCUGGAAUUGGGACAGUGUUUGGUACUUCCAUCGUUGGUUAUCAGGAACCCUUCUCUGAAGCAACAGCUCUUCUUCUGUGUCGUCCUGGGCUUUGCCUUCUUGGAGGCCAUGGGGCUCUUUUUCCUGACAGUGGCCUUUCUCACCUCCUUUGCCAUGUGAAGUAGCCGUCUCCACCUCCCAUAGAUCUUUCUCCUGAGUCUCAUCUGCCCUGUAUGUUCCUUUUCCUAUACCUCCCCAGGCAGCCUGUGGAAAGUGGUUGGCUCAGGGUUUGACAGAAGAAAGACAAAUAAAUACUGUAUUAAUAAGAUUAAAAAAAAAAUGUCCAAAGUAUGAGAAUGAGCCACUAUUUGAAGUUGAAAACAAAGACUUUUAGUGUCCAGGGGACCAAAAAGGGGAUGGGAAACCAGGAUGGUUUGAGAUUUUUCAGGGCUCCCCUUUUUUCCAGGGAAAUUUGGCCUGGGAUGUCCAUCUUCAUUCAUCACAGAUCUCUCUUAGCUUUGAUGAGUUCAGUAUAGGUGAUGUGGUUGUGGAAGCUGACCUCAGGGGCUGGUUGUUUUGGUUACUUUUGAAGAAUCUCAUGUUGCCUCCUAUGGUCAUCUGUGUGGGAUUCUAGGGCUCGCUCAUCAUUCUGAAGUGUUCAGCACUGCCUGGGCGGGAGUGGAGGAAAGUCUUGUGGGGUGGUGACAUUUGAGCUGGAGGAGCAGGAAUGUGUCUGGAAAGAUGCACCAAGAAUGAGUCAGGGGUCCCAAUGGGAAGGCCUUGAGGGCCAGACCAGAGAGUUUAGGGGGAAGCCAGUAGAGAUGUCAGCACAGAGGAAUUGAGAGGCUUAGAUGUAUCCAUUUAGUACUUUUUUUAAAUUAUGGAAGCAAUACUUGUUUGGUGGAAAAUGUGGAGGUGAUGAGAAAAUAUUAAAAAAUUUAAAUUACCUUUAAUUUUACUACCCAGAAUGUAGCUGCUGCUAACAUUUUUGUCACGUCCUGCUAAUCUUUUUUCUAUGGCUGCUUGGUGUUUUUCCCUAUUUUUGUUAAGUAGAUCAUAUAAAUUGUUUCUUCUUAUAAUGGUGUGAUGCACAUCCUCAUGUAAAUGAUACAUUUCUCCAGAUACUCAUUUUGGAUAUAUUUCUCAUCAAGGAAUGGCUAGAUCAGAGGAGAUGUGAAUCAUUUAAAGGCUCUUAAUACGUCUUUCCAAAUUGCCUUUCAGAAAGGUGGUACUAAUUUAUAUUUGUGUGAGCCCUAUGUGAGUGUACUGGUUUUCUCCAAGCCUCGUUCACAGUGAAUAUUCUCUUUAUUUAUUCACCCUGAUGUGAGAAGAUGGCUUCUAUGGCCAUUUUCUUUUUUAUGUCAUUGAUUAUUAGUGAGGUUAAAUAAGUAUACAGGUUGUUUGUAUUUGGCAAAUUGUCUCUCCUGAUUUUUUUCUGUUGGCAUGGCCAUAUUAUAAGAGUUUUUUUUUUUUAAUAGUUAAGGGAGCUGAAAGAGCCAAAGUGAUAUUGUUCCUAAAGGAUUUUUUUUUUUUUACAAUGAUGAUUUGUUUUUCAUAGACAUGGUGCAGUGAUCACCUGGCAGGUAUUUGAGGGCCAGGGGGCACUGUUCAGUAGGGCUGUGAUGUUAUUAUACGGCCUGACUGAUCAUGCAGCCACCAGCUGGCCACUUGUAUGUAUAUCUAAAGGCAGGCUUCCUGGAUUAUAAGUAUUGGUUGCAGGAUGCCUGGGUGGCUUAGUUGGUUAAGUGUCUGAUUCUUGAUUUCGGCUCAGGUCAUGAUCUCACAGUUCGUGGAAUCAAGCCCUGCGUCCGGCUCUGUACUGACAGCGUGGAGCCUGCUUGGGACUCUCUCUCUCCCACUCUCUCUGCCCCUCCCCUGCUCACACACACGCACUCUCUCUCCCUCUC